AAAUCAACUGUGGUCAUCCUGGACGCCUAUGGAACGGUUGGUUAGAAAAUAUAGAAGCUGGAACGGGUUUAGGAGCAUCAAUUAUCUUCAGAUGCCACGAGGGAAUGCUACUUCAAGGUAACACCUCCACUGUUUGUCAGAUUGACGGUAAAUGGAGGUAUCCUCUUCCAAAAUGUUUAGCACCAUGUGUUGUACCCCACGUGACCCAGGGCAGGAUUUUUUUGCUCAGUAAAAACGAAACUGCAAUUACAUCGACGGUUGUCCAACAUGGAGAGGCUCUUUCUGUUGUAUGCGACCCUCUUUACGAGUUUCUAGCUAGCCUUUCACCUGUGAAUUGUAACAAUGGCACUUGGACUUUCAUACCAAAGUGUGACCCUGCAAGAUGCAAGCUGCUGCCAAAAUCUCCCAGAAACGGCAUGGUUCUAGCUCCAAAAACAGACCAUGGAAUGAAAGCGAGAUUCAGAUGCAAAGACGGUUAUCAACUCAAAGGCGACGAUCUAAUGGAAUGCUCAUUCGGAAACUGGACAGGAGAACCACCAAAAUGUGAAGAGGUAUACUGUCCGUAUCCGGGAGCAAUCGAAAACGGAAAAAUUCUCCUGGUUGGGAAUAUGGGAUUGUACGACUAUAGACCGUAUGUCAGGAAAGUAACAAACAAUAAGCAAAUCAUGUAUGACUGCGAUAAAGGAUAUGUGCUAGCAGAAGGACCACCCGGAGCUACUUGCAUUGGGGGACACUGGAGUCCCAAACAGCUUCCAAAAUGUAUGCUGGGUCAACACCCUCGUAUUAGAUGGAAUAGAAGAAAGCGUUCCAUUAUAAUGGAAAAAUAUAAAAGAGCCUUCAUUCGGCACCACAAAUUGAUCUACGACAAUAUUGAUAAAAGAUAUAUCCACAAUUAUUUGCAUCUUGCCAAGAACGAUUUUCCAUUGAUGAAAAAGAGAAUGUAUUUUUCGGAGUCCUUGUCGAAUAAAAUAGCAAAUGCGUUGAGAACCCAUGGCUUGGUUAGGCGAAAAAGGGCACUCAAAGGUGGAAGCGGUAGCAGAGCUUUUGGAUCGAGCCACAAGAGUUCCAGCUCUUCGCUCAAUCUCCGGAGAGGCCACAAACAGAAAAUGUACGAGGAAGAAGAAGAAGACAAACCAGACAACGAAGUUCCUGAACCUAAAAAGUCGAAACCAAAAAACAAGGGUCCAUGCGAACCAUUAUCCAGCGAACCUUUCGUCAACGUUGAGGUGGUCAAAUUUGGAAGAGAUCCUAACGUCAGUUUCAGCGCCGGAACAGUUGUCAAGAUGGCUUGCGGAAAGGGGUACGGCCUGAAUAUGCCAGAAAACAAGACGGCCAAGUGCGUCCGAGGGAAGUGGAGACCUACUAAGCCGAUGUGCCUCAUUUUACCUUGUUUCGUUCCUGUCACUCCAAACGGUGUUUAUACUUUAUCUAAGACCGACACUGAUACACUGAUCGAUCCCGACCAACCCCUUAAUGAAACCGUAGAUAUAGCGAAUGGGCAAGUGGUUGUGUUUUCUUGUGAAGACGGUUACGAGGUACAAGGUCCUAGUAACCUCAGGUGUUGGCAUGGAGACUGGGCAGUGACUAGUUUUCCAGAAUGUGCUCCAGCUCCUUGCUUGCUCCCUAAGAUCCCCAAUGGGCAGUACAUGUCAGGAUACAGAGCCGGACUUACUAUAGCUAAUGGAUCGAGCGUCACUUUUCAGUGCGAAGGGGAGAUCGGUCAGUCAAACGGUGAAAGUGUACAGUGUCUUCUUGGGAACCUGGAACCGAGUCAUCCUAGUUGCCAGUUCAAUCCAGGGAUUUCCGGUAAUACGGAUGGAGAAACUCAUUACUUAGGUGGUAGUGAUAUAGUGAAAGGUGGAGAAAUAACUAUAAUACAGUAUGGGAAUUCGGGUGGUAAGCCUUGCGGACCGCCAGCAAAAGUUCGUGGUUCAUUAGUAUAUCGAAACGGAGAACCUGUGGUAGACGAUGAGAAUAACUUUCCUGAUGGAAGUGAAGUGACAUUCAAUUGUAUAGAGAGUAUAAUGGGAGAGAAAACAACCUGGAAGAUCAUUUGUGAAGACGGGAGUUGGAUAGGUCGAUCCCUCAAUUGCGAUUCUGAGGACUUCAUGGCUUCUCAGGUGGUGAACAAUAAUAGUACUUGUAUUUUCCGAAACCAGGAACCAAACGUUAUAUCGUUUUAUAACGAUCAACAAAUUCGUGAGGAUGUAGUGGAGUUUCCGGCUGGAACAGUUCUUAUAAGCAGGUGUGCUGAUAUUGGAAAGUUUGCAAUGAUUGGUCCCAAUAAAAGAAGAUGCAUGGGAGGCGACUGGGAUGGCGUAAAACCGGCUUGUUUCGGUUUGAACCAAGCUAAUGACUAUUCCAUGGAGAAACCACCCACCAUUUUGUUCAGACACCAACUAGGACCUAUAGCGCAGUCAAACGAAGGUAAACUGAUCGUUUAUCCUGGAACUAUUUUGCAUAUGGAGUGCUUAUGGAUAAGAAGGUUCGGGAAUCCGAAAUGGACCGUCAGUCACGACUAUAGAAAAUAUCCAGAAGGAUGGACUACAGAUCCAGGUCGCGACUCCCAACUCGAAUACAGGCUCUCCAUUCUUCAUGCUGCCAAAGAUGACUCUGGAUUAUUCACAUGCGUAACACCGGCUAGAUACACUCAUUCUGUUGAGAUCGAAGUUAAAGCUGUUCACUGUCCUGUGGUACCACAGAGAAGAGGACUGACUGUAAACACGCAGAGUACGAAGAUGAACACGAGAUUGAAGUUUUCAUGUAUCAAUGGAAAUUCACUGAUUGGUGCUCCAGAAAUCGUCUGUCUUCCUUCCGGAAAUUGGAGCUCCCCAUUUCCAAUAUGUGAAAGUAUCGAAUGUGGUGAAGUAGGAGGUGCAUUAGGCGAUCGUCUGAAAGUUCUUGUGGUAUCUAGAGAGGUAGGAGGGAGAGCUAUUUUCAGCUGCGAACCGGGUUUCGGUCUCAGAGGGCCAGCUGAAACUAUCUGUCAAGCGAGUGGAGAUUGGGCAACGCCUUUUCCCACCUGCGAAGAGGUUCAUUGCGACAAUCCAACGCCUCCAGAGAACGGUUACAUCCAAGGAAAUGGUCCUUACAAGGCUGGUGAUGUGGUGCAGUUCAACUGUAAUCCCGACUACAUGAUGGAAGGACAACCCAUCAUGGCGUGCCAAGAGAAUUCGAGGUGGUCAGGAAAGCUUCCGAAAU